UUGGUUUGUUAUUGAAAUAAACUCGACUGAUUUCAAUGGAGAUCUUUUCACUAAACGUCCAUAGCAUUUGGGCGAGCACAAGGAGCAGCAACAUUGUACUAGACGCUAUAAGAAGAUCAAAUAUAUACCACGAAUAAAGUUGUCAGCUGAGGUCCUAUGCCGCCUGCAGGACAGAUAAAGCUUUCUGCACUGUCUCUGCAUGCCUUUCCUGGCAUGCAGAGCCUUUCCUGGCCUUUCCUGGCAUGCAGAGAAUGACAGGAAAAUGCCUCACCUGUAGCAUAUCUGACUGUCACGUGAGCUUUGGCAAAACAUAUGUUGGCAAGCCUAUGCAUGAAUCUUUCCAGGAUGUUGAAAUACCGGCCUCUCUAUUGAGCUCCCUUGAAUGCGCUUUCAUAAACUCUUAUGCCUGCGAGGAAAUCCUACGCAUUGCAACAGAGGCGGUGAAAAAAGGGGCUCCGAGAGCUUUCAGCAACUCAGCGCCUGCCUCCAGGGACCGCCCCGCUCCUCCGUCCUCCUCCAAGCCAAGAGGAAUGUUGGAACGUUGGCGUCACCAUGGCAACACGACGCUUCCCCCUGGGGACAGGUGCUGUGGGCCCGGCGGGCGUGUACAGCAGCAGAGGCCUCUGUAGAGCUUGGAGCCCCCUGGCAGAGGGUGGGGAUGCCGUUGAAGGUGGUAGUGGAGCUGCAGAUCCAUGCGGUCUCUUGUCCUGGUGUGUACUUGCCAGAGAGGAAUGAUGUUUAUCUCCAUGUUAGCAUCCUGGGUCAGUGCAAGGAGACUGAUAGUCUUCCUCCUAUCUUCCCCCUCUUCUUUCAUGAGAAAAUGUGGUUUGAAAAGGUAUUUGAGAAGGCCACAGACCCUGCUGCUGUAGUAGAACUAUUAGAAAGGAAUGUAACAAGGUUUCGAUUAUCUGAAAUGCUACCUUCAGGUAAGGGAGGAAACAAAUAUUCUUCACAGCUAAACUCAGUAAUGACUAUCUUAGAGGAGGAUGAAGAAGACCUUGCAUUUUAUGAAGAGAAUACUCGAGAUUUCCUUUUCCCAGAGCCCAAACUUACUCCUACAUAUCCUGGAGUAGACAGAGAGUUACUAAUGAAAAAAUAUCCUUCUUUUCCAGGCAUUGCACCAAAAUUAGAGUUUGCCACAAGGACAACAAUUACACAACUUCCACUUCAGUCUAGAAAAUGGUAUCGUGACAGAAAUAAAAUCAGGUUACGAAGGGCUUCCUCGGCAUCACCCCGGCGAAGGAGCGUCUCACCAACACGAUGUAGGGCAACAAUGAAGAAUCGGAGCACUAGAAGAUUUCCAGGAUCCAUGCGGUCCUGCUCUCCAUCUCCAACCCGAGCAAAAUGCCUCCAUGAGUCCUACAGAGAAAAUCAGCAGCAGCAGCAGCAACAACAACUGUCUCCUGUGAGCAUGAGAACUGCCAAGUUCAAAGGAGCCCAGGAAACAGAGCCCAGGCCACCUUUUGUAGUGAGACAUGUAGAUGCUUCUAAAAAGUUCACUGAACAAACUCCAUUGGAGGAAACAUAUCAAAAUGCAAGACAAAAUGUGAGCCCAUCAAGGAAUUCUCACAAAUGCCAGUUGAAACGAGCAUUAUCAUUUGAUAGCUGGAAAACAUCAUGUCCUGCACCUAAGGUUAUCAGAGAGCCAGAUGAGCCCUGCAGUUCUGAUAAUGAUUCAUCAUCUCUCGAAAGGGAGCCUGUUAAUUACAAAUGCGACUCGCCCACCUGUUGCCGCAAAACUGCAUUUGCCUCCCCACAGCGUUACCGAUCACCAAGUCCUAGUGGGAGAUGGGCAUCUCCCCAACACAGAAUUUACUCCAGCCCCAGUUCCAGCUGGGACGAGAUUAAUGAGAGAGUCAGGAAUCUCCUAUCCUCAGAUGAAGCCAGGCAGAGACUUUCCACUGGAGCCACUGAUUCUGAAAUUGAUGAUGUCCUUGAAAGAAGGUCCAUCUCUUUGAGGAGUUCCCCACUGUGUGGCUCGCUGGAACAACGAUAUUGCAUAUAGCUGUCAUUGGAAAGAGGUAAUACCUUGAGAUAUUGGCUGGGAGAUCCACUUCUGUCAACAUCCAUGUUCUAGAGCAGAUUUGUGGAUGGUUUCUUUUCUGUGUGAUGUUAUGCCUUGGUUUGAAAACAAGUCUCUGUAUUGUAUGUUUGUGCUGAGAAAGAGUGCCUGAUUAAAUGGCUGAUCUAUAUAUUUUCUAAGGAGUGCAAGCAUAUCAGAUUAUUAAGGACUGAAGCAAUAAUAAUGUUGAUGGUGCAGUACAUGCUUUGGCUUUGGCAACUAAAAGUAUUUUCUGUGAAAAAAAAUCAACUUGGGAUUCUCUACCCCAUAACACUUUGUCUUGCAAAGACUUAUGAUUGUGCUUCGCUUAAGUCAGGAGUUCCCAACCUUAGGUUUCCAGAUGUUGUUGGACUACAACACCCAUCAUCCUUUUGGCCAUUGUGGCUGGAGACAAUGGGAGCUGUAAUCCAACAAUAUCUGAAGAACCCAGGUUGGGUACCUCUGGCUUUGUUGUGCGUGGAGUAAAUCUUAAACAAGGGUGCCAUUUUGAAUGUUAUUAAAGUGGGGCAAAGAGAUGUUAGUAUUGUAUGUGGGAGACAAGAAGUUUCAAAUGCCCACUCUUGAAUAUAUUCAAGAUUAAAUUGUUUUUAAAAAGUG